AUGUGAUAAAAUUAUUACAUGAUUAUCAUUUUUCAUUUACGUUUUUUCUUUUGUUCUAUUCGACUUGUUUUUUAUAAUUCAUUUUCUUCGAAAUAACUUUUUCAAUAUAUUCAUAAUUUUACUCGGCAUAUUGCCGAAUCAUAAUUAUGAUUGUUUUUUUGGCCCAUCAUUUUUUACAGUACAAAUAUUAAUAUUUACAACGCUAUAAACUUUUAAUAAUGGAUGAUUGUACGUUGGAAGGCGAUGAUGUUGAUGCAUUGAACGAUGAAACAUUUGGCUGUGAUGUUGCUGAAAUCAAUGAUGAUUGGGAAGAAGAACAUGAAAAAUUUGUUGAAACAACACAUGAAAGAAGUUCGGCAUUUGUUGAUACUGGAUCGAUUAUACAUUGUGAACCAAAACAUUCGAAUUAUAGUGGCAGCGUUUUAUCUUCAAUUGGCUUAUGUAAUAAUUCUAUGAAUAAAUAUUCAAACGAUGAACUAUUAUUUCCAAAUUGUGAAGAUUUAAUAGCAAAAAAUUUAUUGGAUGUUGUUAGCGAUGAAACUGAUAUUUUUUGUACCGAAUCAUCUACAUUUUCUUUGCAUCAUUAUAUGGACGACGACGACGACGAUGAAGAUGAUGAUGACAAUGAUGAGAAUGGAUUAUUUACAAAUGGAAUAUUAUUUUCAAAAACAAAUCGAAAUAAAUCUUCAACAAAUAAAUCAUCAUCACCGCAACUAUCAUCAUCAUUGUCAAAGAAGAGUAAAGCUAUGAAUAUUGAUCUUGAUUCAUUACGGCCACCAUCUCCAUCGAUUCUUCCAUUUGAUCAUACAUUUAUGUCAAGUGUUUGGCGUCCACCAUCACCGCCAACAGAAUUAGCACCAACAGCCACCAAUAAUGUGUCACAGCAACAGCAUCAUACACAAUCACCGAUAAAGAAAAACAUCACAUCAUCAAUUUCUGGAUUUGAAUCCUCUGAUUUCGAUAUAUUCCGUAGUCCAAAUUCGGUCAUUAGAGCUGAAGAUCUUGAAGCAGAUUUUUCUCGAACAUCGGAUUCAUCGUUGAAAUCAUCGACACCAAAUCGAAUGAACGAACGUUCUUUAUUACAAUCACAAUCACCAUUCACUUCAGCUAAUGAUAAUAAUAAAAACAAUCAGAAUAAGAAUUUAUCAUCAUUCAUGGGUUUAGCAGCUUUAUCACUUGGGGGACAUUUAUUGGCGAUUCAACAGCAGCAUCCUUCGGCAAAUGCAUCACUAACCACCAUUCCAUCAUCUAAAGCGGUUCAGCCACCUCCAGGUUUUAAUAACACCUCUACCCUAUUAGGUUCAAAUAAUAAUAAUAAUCGUAUACAUCCGUUCAUGUUGAUGAAUAUGACUGCGGGUAAUAAUUUACCAUCUAAAUCACCACCAUUACAAUCAUUGAAUCGUAAUUCACCGAAUCAAAAUGAUAAAAUACACCAACAUUCACCCAUUAGAGGUUCGAUGCCACCAUCAUCAAUGGUCGAUCCUCGAUUAUUAAUUCGAUCACCACAACAAAUGAUGAAUGUUUUGAUGACACAUCAAUCGCAGCAACAACAACUUCACCAGCCACCACAAACAACAAAAAUUCAGUUCCCAAUACCAGCUAAUGUGAUUGAUCCAUUUUUACUUCAACAGCAACGAUCCAUUAUAAAUAAAUGUAUAAUUACGCCGUCACAAGCUCAACGAUCUUAUAAUUAUAAUCAUCAUUCUCAUCAUAAUAAUAAUCAAGAUAAUUAUCAUCAUCAUAGGAAUAACAAUUAUAAUCGAGAUAAAUUUGCCGGAUUUAUGACUCAACGUGAAAAAGAAUGGCUAUUGAAAGUGUUUCGAUUACAAUGCAAAGUGAGCGAUCCAUAUGUAGAAGAUUAUUAUGAAGUGAAUUAUAUGUUGAGAAAGAAUGCGCACAAAUUCCUACAGAAACAGAAAGAAUUGAUGUUGCAUAAUGAAACAAACGCUGGCACAGAUAUAAAAUUCGUUAAUGAUUUUCCUGAAUUGAAUCGAAAUGUUGAUAAUAAUAACAGUGAUGAUAAAAAUAAUUUACAACAAAAUCCUCAGCAACAACAGGAACCGAUUCUUGUGCUGCCACAGAUGGCUAUACCAUCAGCGGAAGAAAGCCGUCCCAAGUUUAUACAAUUCGAUAAUGCCUUGGGCAAGAUUCAAGUGCUUAAUUCAAAAUGUCCUCGAAAAUUAGUUGAAUUGAAUGAAACGGAACCUUCGAUGUUUGUCAAAUAUCAAUUGGAUCGUAAAAGUCAAUAUUUGUUGAAAAUCGAACGCCUUUAUAAACAUUUAUUGAAUAUUGAAGAUGAAGAUAAACGAAUGCCUAUAUUGCCAGAUGAUGUUAAACAACAACAUCGUGAUCGCCGUUCAGAAUUGUGCCAGAAAUUAUUUGAUGGUCUUAUCCGUCAUAUUGUUGGUAUAAAAAAAGAUGAAAGUCAAAAUUUUAUUCUCAUCAAUCGUGUUAUGCUUACAUUGAAACGAAUGUCUAUGGAAAUUGAUCCAGAAUUAUUGGCCAUUAAUAAAGGUCUAUUUUUGGUCGUGCGAAGUCUUGGUCAAUUGAAAGAUGAACAACAUUUAGUCGUAUUAUUAAGUUCAUUAUUACGAUCGAAUUGUUUUGAAAUGCUUAACACAUUAGAGCGACAAAAUCCAAAUAUGAAUAUAAUAAAUAUGUUGGUAAAAGCGAUCGGUCAAAUCAAGAUGGCCAAAUCCUUAAUCUACUUGGUAUCAUCAAUUGAUGAUUCUAAAAUUUUUACCAAUAAGAAUGGAACACGUAUAUUGGCUGCUCUUUUCAGACAAUAUGAGCUUGCCGAAGACAAACUUUUGUUCAUCUAUUUUUGGAAACUUUUUGUACAGACAUUGAUCAAAUUGAUUCCUGAAACGGAUGAUUCAUUUGCUUUGUGCAGAAUACAUUUUAACUAUUUACAACAGCUUUAAUAAAUACAGCAAUGAAAAAAAAAUCGAACGAUCUUGGCUGCCAUUGUAUUUUCGUUUUCAUUUAUUGCCGCUUGAAAGAAGAUAUAUAAAUUAUCA